AUGGUAUCUUCCUCCUCUUCACAAAAAAUUCAUUUACCUAAUUCCAAAAUGUCUUUUGAUAGUAAACUUAUCGAAAUAAUUCAUGAUAAUAAAUUUGCAGCACCACUUCUUACCAGUUUUGCUGUUAUUGGUGCUUUGUUUUUUUCUUUAAAGUCUUUAAGUUUUUUACGAAUGUUAUAUGAUGUUUAUAUUCGACCUGGAAAAAGCUUAAAGCAUUUUGGAGCAGGAAAAGAUACUUGGGCUGUUAUAACUGGUGCAUCUGAUGGAAUUGGGAAAGAAUUUGCUUUACAACUUGCAGAAGCUAAGUUUAAUGUUUUAUUAAUCUCAAGAACCUUAUCAAAAUUACAAGAUCUAUCAAGUGAAAUUGUAUAUCCAAUGAAUUUUGCCAGAGGUGAUCCAAAAGAUUAUGAAAACUUGAAAAAUAUUAUUAAAGAGUUUGAUGUUGGGGUUUUAAUUAAUAAUGUUGGUACAAAUCAUGAUAUUCCUACACCUUUUACUCUGGAAUCUGAUGAAGUAAUUCAUGACAUUGUUGAAGUGAAUAUUGCUUCACUUUUAAAAAUCACUAAAAUUGUUUUACCACAAAUGUUACCAAACAAUAAAGGACUUAUCAUUAAUAUCGGUUCAUUUUCUGGGAUGAUUGCCACACCAUAUUUAUCAGUAUAUUCUGGUUCUAAAUCCUUCAUGAAUACAUGGACACAAGCAUUAGGUACUGAACUUAAAUCUAAAGGCAUCAUUGUGGAAAAUGUAAACACAUAUUUCGUGGUCUCAGCUAUGUCCAAAAUAAGAAGAUCAUCGUUCUUGGUUCCAUUGCCUAAACCUUACGUUAAAUCUGUUUUAUCAAAAAUUGGUGUUGCUGGUGGAGCUUCUUAUGUCCCAUUCAACACUAAUGUUUUUCCAUCACACGCUUUGGCAAAUUGGUUAAUUACCAAUACAUUUAGUUGGAGUUUUUGGGUUAAAAAAGGAUUAGCACAACAAGAAGAUAUUAGAAAGCGCGCGUUAAGAAAAAGAGAGCGUGAGGCUGCAGCAACUAAAUCACAAUAA